AUGACUGGCUCUGGUUCUCCUUGUGGUGCCUGCAAAUUCUUGAGAAGAAAAUGUGUGAGGGGUUGUGUUUUUGCACCUUAUUUUUGCCAUGAACAAGGUGCUACCCAUUUUGCUGCCAUCCACAAAGUUUUUGGUGCCAGCAAUGUCUCAAAGCUCCUUGCUCAUCUCCCUGUAAGUGAUCGAUGUGAAGCUGCCGUUACAAUCUCAUAUGAAGCUCAAGCUAGGCUCCAAGAUCCAAUUUAUGGUUGCGUUUCGCAUAUUUUUGCUCUUCAACAGCAGGUUGUCAAUCUACAAGCACAACUAGCUACUCUCAAGCAAGUAGCAGCAGCUCAAAGCUUUUCCAGUGGCUCCUCCAGUGCAAACCCUAAUGAUAGAUUUGAAGGAAAGUUUUCUUCAUUCCCACAAGGUCAUCAUGUCCAAAGCUGGUUUCAGUCCAAAAAUUCAGACAUGGCACAACAAUUGAACCAGAACCUAGCCAGUAAUGAUGUUGAAACCAUGUCUUAUUACCAGAAUGGGCUCAUAGAUCCAAACUCCUUAGUAAAUUAUGCAAAUUCAGUCAAUAUCCCAGAAGAAAAUGUUUCCUACACUAGCUUCGAAGAAGCUUCUCUUUCCAUGGAUUCUCUUGACUUGCAAACAAACAGCAGGCAGUGGACUACUUUUCAAGAUGAUACUGAUGAUCUUCAGUCAGUUGCCUUUGGCUAUAGUAGGCAUUCAUGA